AUGGCGGACAUUUACGAGAUCGAAGACAUCGAUGGAGUUCGUUUUAACUGGAAUGCCUUUCCUGUGACCAGACAGGAGGCCGAGAACAUGGCAGCUCCUGUUGGGUGUUUAUACACUCCACUUCUUCCGAGAGAAGACUUGCCUGUGGCAGCAUACGACCCACAGUUGUGCAGAAGAUGUCGGGCAGUCUUGAACGUGUUCUCUCAGAUCGAUUUGGGAUCCAAAACAUGGACCUGUACAUGCUGCUUGUCUAGAAACCCGCUCCCGGUGCAUUAUUCCAAUAUUUCAGCCGAGAACCUGCCAAUUGAGCUGACUCCACAAGCAUCGACCAUCGAAUAUGUGUUGACGAAAACUCCUUCGCCUCCUCCACCAGCUUUCAUCUAUGUCAUUGACUUAUGUCAGGAGCCUGAAGAUCUGCAAGCACUCAAAGACCUGCUGAUCACCUCUUUGUCUCUGCAUCCACCAGGAUCUCUGAUUGGUCUGAUCACAUUUGACUCGGUGGUAAAUGUGCACGAGCUAAAUUUCGACUCCUGCUUCAAAAAAUACGUUUUUAGCGGAAACAAGGAGUACGAAUCUGUGGAAGUGCAGAAACAGCUGGGUAUCUCUGGAAACGGCGCCAAGAACUGGAUACAACAAUUCGAAACUGGUGGAACCAUCAACAAAUUCCUUUUGCCGCUAAGCGAUCCAGAAGCCGAGUUCCAAAUUACCAGAACCAUCGAGUCGCUCGAAGUCUCGAAAUGGACAGUCGAACCGGGCCACAGAGCGAUCCGAGUCACGGGUUCAGCCCUCAGCAUCGCCUCCUGCCUUGUUGAAGGCUCAUUUUUGCAAUGCGCAGCAAAAGUGACACUAUUUGUUGGUGGCCCAUGCACAUUUGGACCGGGAAAAAUUGUGGGUACAGAACUGAAGGAGCCUAUCAGAUCCCACAGUGACAUUGACAAGGGUACUGCCAAGCACUACAAAAAAGCUGUUGCAUUUUACAAGAAGCUUGCUACCAAAGCGGCUCAGGUCAAGAAAGACGUGAAGGACAAAUUUUUCGACCCUCAAUCUACUGCUACGUUCAGUGUUGAUAUUUUUGCCGGAUGCUAUGACCAAACCGGUAUCUACGAGAUGAGAUCGUUAAGCAACCAGACGGGAGGCACCAUUGUGGUGACAGACUCUUUCCAAACCUCGAUCUUCAAAAACUCAUUUUUUGCAUGCUUCAAUAAGGAUGAGGAAGGAUAUCCUUUCUCCUACUUCGACGGCUAUUUGGAGGUGUUCACCUCUCAAAGACUGAAGGUUGCAGGUGUGGUGGGUCUGGCCACCUCUUUAAAGCAAGAAGGAAAGAAUGUGGCUGAUGUUGAAGUUGGUAACGGGUUCACCAACAAGUGGGCCCUUCCGUCCGUGUCUCCACGACACACAUACGGUAUAUUCUUCGACAUGCAAACUGUCGGCGCUGCUGAUCAACGCAACUCCUCGGUCCCAGAGGUCCAUAUCCAGUUCCAGACUACCUAUAGACACACCAAUGGUACUGUCCGGAUGAGAGUGACAACGUUGAGCAGAUUGACGUCCAACUCUACUGAGCUAUCAAACACGUUUGACCAGGAGGCGGCAGCCGUGCUGUAUGCAAGACUGAUUGUUCACAAACUGGAGAACGGCGGCGAGUAUUCCGAUCUUUUGAGAUGGAUUGACAAGUCUCUGGUCAAGCUGUGCACCGUUUUUGGAGACUACUCCAGAAACGAUCCAAACUCCUUCAGAUUAUCGUCCAAGUUCAGCUUGCUUCCGCAAUUCAUCUACCAUUUGAGAAGAUCCCAGUUCCUGCAAGUUUUCAACUGUUCUCCCGACGAGACCGCGUUCUAUCACCACACGCUGCUCAGAACCGAUGUGAGAGACUCGCUGGUGAUGAUCCAGCCUACUCUUGUGAGAUUCAUGGCCGACGGCUCGGAGCCGGAGCCUGUUCUGCUGGACUCUGCGUCGCUCAAGCCAGACGCCGUGCUACUGCUGGACGCGUUCUUCUACACUGUUAUUUACUUUGGCAGCAUAGCAGCCGAGUGGAGAGACGCAAACUACCCGAGAGACGAGUAUCCUGGAGUUUAUGAUAUGAUUGAGAGAUCGAGAGAGGAGGCUGCGUCGCUGAUUGCUGACCGGUUCCCACUGCCUAGAUACGUUACAUGUGAUGAGGGCAAGUCGCAGGCCAGAUUCCUGUACUCGAAGCUGAAUCCAUCCGAGAACGACAACAACAUCGGCACUGGCGGCGGCAUGAGCGGCUACGUUGCCGACAGCGAUCCGGCCAGCACUGUUGUUCACACAGAGGACGUGAGUUUGAAGACGUUCUUCCAGCAUCUGGCCAAGCUGGUGGUCAACAACACGGUUGCCUAA